AUGGAUGUCAUAGAUGUUUCUCCUGCCAAAAAAAACCCAAGAGAAAAAUUAAUCGGCACUGGUCAAAAGCAAAUCAUUAUCAAUGUAUACAAAGAUAAAGUCACCCAACAGCUCGAAAAUCCAGAGAUGCCCAAAUUGUCCUACAGAGAAAUGAUCAUUGAAGUUUCAAAAACCACCGGUAUUGGGCAACGUACGGUACAAACCACAUUAGCAGAGUAUAAAAAAGAAGGUACAGUAUCAUCGCCCAACAAAAAAAGAGAUAAAAUGACAAUACUUGAUAAAGUUGACGAGUUUGAUAAAAAUGCCAUAAGGCAAAAAAUUCAUAGUUUUUGGAGGAAACAUGAGGUGCCAACAGUAAACAAAAUGUUAAUUGCCAUUAAUGAAGACGAAACAUUACCAAACCUGAAACAAAGAGAAGAUCUAAUAUCUUGGCGGCGAGGUUAUUUGUAUAAAAUAAGAAGUUAUCGAGCACAGAACCGGCCAAUAUAUUAUUUGGACGAGACUUGGGUCAAUGCAGGUGAGACGCAUAGCAAAGCGUGGGUUGAUACCACGGUCACAUCAUCAAGGGAUGCAUUUCUCAGAGGCCUCACCACAUCACAAAAGGAACCAUCCGGCAAAGGUAAACGACUUAUUGUAUUACAUAUCGGGUCGUCAGACGGUUUUGUCCCGGGGGGCCUUUUGUGUUUUGAAUCCAAAACCAACUCGACGGACUACCAUGAUGAAAUGAAUGGCGAUACAUUUUAUGAAUGGUUUGUUAAAACUCUGCCAUUACUAAAAAAAAAUGCCAUCAUUGUAAUGGAUAAUGCUUCGUACUAUUCCGUGAAGAAACACAAAAUUCCAGUGAGGUCGUGGAAAAAACAAGCAAUUAUUGACUGGCUUGAAAAUAAAGGCGAGAUCGUUGAACAUUCUACUGUGAAAAACGAUUUGAUGGAAAGAGUCAACAAAAUAAAAAAAAAGUACGACCAAUACGUAAUUGAUGAGUACGCAAAAAACGACAACAAAAUUAUAUUGCGAUUACCUCCAUACCACUGCGAGCUUAAUCCAAUCGAGCUCGCGUGGUCGUCUGUGAAGAAACAUAUCAAAAAUGUGAAAGACAAGUUUUGGGACUUGGAACAUAUAACGGACGAAUUAAUGGACGAACUACCCGAAGAUGGAGAACGGCAUGUUUUGACGAUAGGACCAGAUGAUACAAGUUCUUCUGAUUCUGACUGA